GUAUCUGCGUGCGCGGUCCAGAGUAUGAGAAAGAGAGGGAUACAGCAAGCGUGUGCGCGAACGAGUGUCUGCGUGUUGUGUGUUUGUGUGUGUUUGUAUGCGUGCUCUAAUAGGCAGAGAGAAAUAUGAGUUGAGUAUGAGGCUGCCCCUGAUGCACCGGUAAGGGGAGCUUGCUUUGCUGGAAGAUGCCUCACUGCUGCUUUUUUCAGUUAUCUUUUCCCUCACCUCCACUGCAAAGAGAUCCUGCUACAGCCAGCUACAUUUUGUCGGGUUAAGUUCGGAGCAUUAUGACUGUACAAUCCAUCCUCGACUGCUUCUCAUUUAAGGACUCUUUCUACCAAGAUCAGGAGAAAUAUGGAACUUGAUUGGCGUCUUCGCGUUUAAUGCGUCCCUGGAGAUAGACAGACGCGGGUCCGGACAGAGAGCGAGGCAGCGCAGGUGGAUGUAUUGUGUGUGAGGAAAAGGGCCAUACUGAGGAUAAAAGACACGGAGGAAAAAGGAGGAAAAUGCAGUUUGAUACAUUGCGUCAAUUUUGUAGCUCCGUUCUAUCCCAUUUUAAUGAGGCUUUUACGCCGCCUCAGAACAUUUUGCAGACAGAGCUAUUCGAGCAGGCAUUGAGCAACAUCGGGAAACGAAGCCCAUCAGCAUCCAGGGAUCCAAACCAAAAAUACGACCAAAGGGAGGAGAGGGGUCAGUAUGCCCAGGGGGACGGCACCAUGCCCAGAUCACCGUCCGACUACGGGGAUGGGGACCCUCGGCGUGGGGCCCCACGGAGGUACCGAGACGCUGAGGCGGCGCGGGGGGAGUACCAGGGUGGGCGGGGCCGCUGGCACUCACAGGAGGACUACACUCUGGACCAGGAUGGGCCCUACCCUCUAGACGGGCAGCCCAGUGAGUACGAGCUGCAGCGCCAGCGCCAGGAUGAGUACCAGACACGCUACCGCUCCGACCCCAACCUGGCCCGUUACCCCGUCAAGCCCCAGCCCUACGAAGAGCAGAUGAGAAUGCAUGCUGAGGUGGGACGUGCCAGGCACGAGAGGCGCCACAGUGAUGUGUCUCUGGCCUACACGGAGCAGGACGAGCCCCAGGGACCUAUCCGCCUGUCCAGACAGCACCUGACCGAGCGCCGGCCGCCCAUGGGGGGCCAACGCUCCUACUCCAUGGACAGAAACUCCCCCGGCCCUGGAGGCCACCACCGGACCUCCAACCACAGCCCCCCCACCCCACACCGCAGCCCCGUGCUGGGGGACAGGUCAGGGGACAUGAGGCGGGGGCCGGGGGAGCCCAUAGGGUUCAGGGGUCAUGAUUAUCUGGACCCCAGCUCUGCAGUCAGGAAGACCAAGAGGGAGAAGAUGGACUCCAUGUUGAGGAACGACUCUCUGAGCUCCGACCAGUCUGAGUCCAUCCGGCCGCCGCCACCAAAGCCCCACAAAACCAAAAAGGGGGGUAAAAUGCGGCAGGUGUCCCUAAGCAGCUCGGAGGAGGAACUGGCCACCACGCCGGAGUACACCAGCUGUGAGGACGUGGAGAUAGAGAGUGAGUCUGUCAGUGAGAAAGGAGAUUUGGAUGGCCACUGGUUGGACCAUGCGUCAUGGCAUAGCAGCGAGGCCUCCCCAAUGUCUUUGCAUCCGGUGACAUGGCAGCCCUCCAAAGAUGGGGACCGCCUAAUAGGGCGGAUUCUGCUCAACAAGCGGAUGAAGGAUGGAAGUGUACCUCGAGACUCAGGAGCACUGCUGGGGCUGAAGGUGGUGGGUGGAAAGAUGACAGAAUCUGGUAGACUUUGUGCUUUCAUCACUAAAGUGAGGAAAGGAAGUCUAGCCGACACUGUUGGACACCUCAGACCAGGCGACCAGGUGCUGGAGUGGAACGGGAGGUUUUUACAAGGAGCCACAUUUAAAGAAGUUUACAAUAUCAUUCUAGAAUCAAAGCCCGAACCCCAGGUGGAACUGGUGGUCUCAAGGCCCAUAGGAGAUAUUCCUCGAAUACCAGACAGCACACAUGCACAACUGGAAUCAAGUUCGAGUUCCUUUGAGUCUCAGAAGAUGGAUCGCCCCAUCUCUGUCACGUCUCCCAUGAGCCCCGGGAUGCUGCGGGACGCCCCACAGUACCUGUCAGGACAGCUCUCAGUCAAACUGUGGUAUGACAAAGUGGGCCAUCAGCUAAUAGUCACCAUCCUGGGAGCCAAGGACCUGCCUUCUAGGGAAGAUGGCCGCCCUAGGAACCCCUACGUCAAAAUCUACUUCCUCCCUGACAGAAGCGACAAAAGCAAGAGGAGAACAAAAACGGUAAAGAAAUCCUUAGAGCCCAAAUGGAACCAGACCUUUAUGUAUUCUCCUGUGCACCGGCGGGAGUUCCGUGAGCGCAUGUUGGAGAUCACGCUGUGGGACCAGGCCAGGGUCAGGGAGGAGGAAAGCGAGUUCCUGGGAGAGAUCCUGAUAGAGCUGGAGACAGCCCUGCUGGAUGAUGAGCCUCACUGGUACAAGCUGCAGACCCACGACGUGUCCUCCAUGCCCCUACCCCGCGCCUCGCCCAACCCCCAGCGCAGACAGCUCCACGGAGAGAGCCCCACGCGGAGGCUACCCAUACAGAGAUCUCAGAGAAUCAGCGACAGUGAGAUCUCUGACUAUGACUGUGAAGAUGGUGUUGGUGUUGUGUCAGACUACCGGCAGAACGGCAGGGACCUACAUAGUUCCACGUUGUCUGUCCCCGAACAGGCGAUGUCAUCCAACCACUGCUCGCGGUCGGCAGAUAUGAUCCGGGCGCGGUCGCGGUCUCCCAGCGUCCCCCCUCCACAGAGAAGUCUGGACCCCGGCUAUGACAUUGACCCCGCGUCGUCUCAGUACAGCUCCUCCAGUAGAGUGGACCGGCGCAGUGUGUCCGAUGACCACCACUCACCUGACAGGAACCACGGAGCCGUUGAUAGGCAUGAGUAUCACAGCAGGUCCAGGUCAGCUGACCAGCGUCCCGCGCUAGAGCGCACCACCACCUCCCGCUCGCGGUCCACGGAGCGGCCCGACUCCGCCCUCAUGAGGUCCAUGCCGUCUUUACCCUCCGGACGCUCCGCCCCUCCCUCACCUGCCUUAACGAGGGCUAACCCCCGCAGCGGAUCGGCCCAAACCAGCCCCACCAGUACCCCGAUGUCUGACAGGAGAGGAGGUCGGCAACUACCACAGCUUCCACCCACAGGGACCAAGGGCAGAAAAGACACGGACUCACCAGGUUGGACCAGCUCAGGUGCUAUGGAUGUGGAGGAGAGGACCAGACAGAUGAAGCUGAAGGUUAACAUGUUCAAGCAGGGGGCCGGGUCCGAUUCCAGACUGGAACAGGACAACAACAAGCGGAGGGAUGGUCAGCGAGGUUCAGACAACAUGUCAGCCAAGUCUUCGGACAGUGAUGUAAGCGACGUGUCCGCUGUGUCGAGAACCAGUAGUGCCUCUCGGUUCAGCAGCACGAGCUACAUGUCUGUCCAGUCAGAACGGCCGCGAGGAAACCAGAAGAUCAGGAACCAAUCACGGGAAGGGGAUGAACAUUUGGGGGAGGUGCUGGAGGAAGAGGAAGUUGGGCGAGAGGAAGUGCGGGGGGAAGCGGGGGGUACACAUAGACGGCAGGGUAAACAGAGGGAAGGGGAGGAGGCUAAAGAGGAAGGAGGUCAGAGGAGGACCACUGUAGUCACACAGAAGUCACAGGAGGAGAUGGAUGAAGAGGAAAUGCUGCGGAGGAGGUUCUCAGAGACUGACCUCAGGCAGUUGGGCACGUCGUCAGGGAGUAUGAACAUGACCAAGAGCACAAGCAUCGGUGGAGACAUGUGCAACCUGGAGAAGACGGAUGGCAGCCAAUCGGACACGGGCGUGGGCAUGGUAGGCGGGGACGGGGACAAGAAGAGACGCUCCAGUAUUGGUGCCAAAAUGGCGGCAGUGGUUGGCCUCUCGCGGAAAAGCAGGAGUACCUCUCAGCUCAGCCAAACAGCCGGUGGGAAGAAGCUUCGCAGUACCGUCCAGAGGAGCACAGAGACAGGCUUGGCCGUAGAGAUGAGGAGCAGGAUGACUCGGCAGGCGAGCAGAGAGUCCACCGACGGCAGCAUGAACAGCUACAGCUCCGAGGGAAACCUGAUUUUCCCUGGUGUGAGGCUCUCCUCGGAUGCCCAGUUCUCUGACUUCCUGGAUGGACUAGGCCCAGCCCAGCUGGUUGGACGACAGACGCUAGCGACACCACCCAUGGGUGACAUCCAGAUUGGAAUCGUGGACAAGAAAGGAGCGCUGGAGGUGGAGGUGAUCCGAGCCCGUGGCCUUGUGGGAAAACCAGGUUCCAAGGCACUGCCAGCACCAUAUGUAAAGGUAUAUCUUUUAGAAAACGGAGCCUGUAUAGCCAAAAAGAAAACAAAAGUAGCAAGAAAAACCUUGGAUCCCCUUUACCAGCAGCAACUGCCGUUCGAAGAGGCUCCUGGAGGGAAAGUUCUACAGAUUAUCGUAUGGGGAGACUACGGACGCAUGGACCAUAAAUCCUUUAUGGGAGCAGUUCAGAUACUUUUAGAUGAGCUGGACCUGUCCAACAUGGUGAUUGGCUGGUUCAAGCUCUUUCCUCCUUCCUCAUUGGUGGACCCUACCCUGGCCCCCUUGACAAGAAGAGCUUCCCAAACGUCAUUGGAUAGCCGGUCAUAGCAGUGUGUGGACUGAUAGCAUUGUUGUAGCAGCAGCACCCAGUGUUGAGGUUAAACAAGUUGCGACAGACAGACAGGUCACGCCCCCCGGUUACACUGCAUGCUUGAUGUUGUGUCUUCUGAGCCUGUUUCUAGGGGUGCAAACGUGAUCCUGUGUUUUGAGCAAAAUGUCGCACACAUUGUGCGUAGCGAGCGUCGCUCCCUCGGCCGGGUCGGAGCGCCAGCUCGGAUUGGAAGGCCGUAACGGACUCCUUAGCACGAGGAAUCGUCUCUAAAUCGAGCGAUUGCAGGUUUUCAUCCAAUCUUAAGCCAUGGGGGUCAGAACUGGGAACCCGCUCGAUGAGUUCUACAGAAGCCCUUUUCGAAUGAAAAAUACAUGUUUUGGUUUUUAAUUAAUUUUUUUGUUUUUUGUUUGUUUUUUGUCUAAGUACUUGUAUACCUGAAGGGGUGACUGACAGUGUUGUCCUGUCCAGAAGCUUGGUCACGCCACGCCAACAGACCUAGCUAGAUGUGUAAAUGGAGCUAUGAGGAUAAUUGCAAUAGGAGAGGUGGGGUGGCCCAGGUAAAGCUCACACUCCGAAUAUGAGGCCCUAGUCAAAAUACCUAUACAGUGUAGGUAGUAGAUUACACCAGAGAGACAAUACUAAAGUUACUAAAGGCAAUACAGAAGAGGCGACUGUACUAUCGACGCUCCAGAAUCUAAUGAUCAGAACCCACAACAAGACUAACUUUUAUGACCUAACAUUAUUAUUUCUCUGUUGAUAUAUUGUAUGAAAUUUAAAUGCCGAUGAAAAAAAAAAUGUUUUUGCAUGGACAAAAAUGUAGCUGAAUAAAAAAAAAAAUGAAAAUUAUUUUCUUGAGGCUGCAACUUGCAAAAAAAAGAUGAAUAAAAACAAAUAAAACAGAUCAGCCAUUUUCAACAAUUUAUAUUAUUUUUAAAGAUAAAUGUCACUAGUGCAUGGUUUUCAAAGGGGAGUGAAUGCAACAGCGUGAUAAAAAAAGACACAUUGUUUAUCAUUCUUUAGACCAUCCAUAACAUAAGUCUGUGUUUGGCAGACAUACAGUAAGAGAAACUAAAAUAAAAACUUUUGGAGUUAUUUAACAAAAAAAAACAGUUUAUGUGACAAAGUGAUGAUGAAAAUAAAUGUAAAUUAUUUAUUUCAUUGUAAAGGUUUACAAGCCUUAUAAAGAUAAACAUAAUGUUUAAAUUGUACACGUCUCUUUUUCUCUCUUGUCCCAGGGCACCCCCUGAUAUUGUCCAGAGUUUCAGGACUGUUGGUUCUUUUACAGUUCUGUAUCCUUUCAAUAUGUAUUUUUUUGGGAUUUGAUUUGUUUAACAAGCAUGUUGAAAAUGAUUUUCUGCAACAUGGCUUGGGCACACCUUAAAGUAACUCAGCAUGUUUUGAUAAAGAUGAUAUUUGGGGUUUUUGCAGUUUCUUGUACAGUGCAUGUCAACUUCGUUACUUUUUCCCCUCACCUUCAAUUGAAUUCUACAGCAAAUGAAUUAGUUACUUUCAUGGCCAAACUAUUAAAACGUUUUAACAAAACAUUCCACCAACUCCUAGAUCAUAUUUUAUUUCCAAUUUUUCAAAAAGAAUGACAAGUAAAAAUACUUUAUAUUCAUUGGAGGUUGACAAAAAAGUUUUGGUUGCAAGUGUAUUUUAUUUCAGUAUUGUUAACUAACAUGCAAAAAUAAUCUGUAUUGGUACAGCAAGACGGAUAUUUAUUUCCAAGCAAGAAGCAGCAAACAUACAACUUAUGUAUAUUGCUGUGUACUUCAGGCACUGUUUGUGAGGAUGAGCAACAUGGGAUAUUGCCACACAAUAUGAAUUUAGUUUUUUUGUUUUUGUGAAAAUAAAUUUAAUUUCAUAUAUUUUUAUUAGUUUAUUUACAAGCCAAGACCAGUUUAUAUUUUAUUUUCUAUUUUUAGUAAUUAUAAAUGCUUCUUGUGUAUGAGAGGUAUAUGAAUCUUACAGUUAUGUCUGAAUGAAAAUAAACUGAGACGUUAUUCCUUUUCCAUGUUAAACCUAUACAUUCUAAUGUCCAUCCAAUAUCUUGUUGCUAUAACAAGCUAUAUACUUUCAUUUUUUAUUUAUAUUGUACAUAUUAGAAAUUUGAAUAAAACAAGCAAACAUAAAUAGAUUAAUAGAAUCUUUUGGAAUAGGAAUAAUGUCUCACAUGAUGACAAAGAAAUAUGUUAUUUACCCUUUUGAAUGCCUUUUCUUUAUUUUGUUUUGGUGCAAUGUGUUUAUGCCAAGGCUAUGUCUUGGUGAAGUAUGGUUGAGUACAGAGAUUUAUGUAAGUUAUUUUUCAAAUAAAAAAUGGAUAUUACACUGA